AUGGCGCCCUCUCUGUGCGCCCAGUGCAGGACCAGCCGCGCCCUCAUCCUGCGGCCCAAAGACCACAGCAAGCUCUGCCGCGCCUGCUUCCUGACCACCUUCGAGACCGAGAUCCACCACACCAUCACGUCUACCGGCCUCUUCGCUCGUGGCGAGCGCAUUGCCAUCGGCGCAUCCGGCGGCAAAGACUCGACCGUCCUCGCUUCCGUGCUGAAGACGCUCAACGAGCGCUACGACUACGGCCUCGACCUGAUCUUGCUGAGCAUCGACGAGGGCAUCAAGGGAUACCGAGACGACAGUCUGGAGACGGUGAAGCGCAAUGCCGAGCAGUAUGGCAUGCAGCUGUGCAUCCUGGGGUACGACGAGCUGUACGGGUGGACAAUGGACCAGGUUGUGGAGCAGGUGGGCAAACGAGGGAACUGCACCUACUGCGGCGUGUUCAGACGGCAGGCGCUCGACCGGGGAGCCGCACGCCUCGGCGUAAAGCACGUCGUGACGGGGCACAACGCAGACGAUGUUGCCGAGACGGUGCUGAUGAACUUGCUCCGCGGCGACCUCCCCCGCCUCUCCCGCACAACCUCCAUCGUGACCAGCACCCCCAGCCUGACUGCCGACCCCGCCGCAAAUACGCACAUCAAGCGCUCCAAGCCGCUCAAGUACGCCUACGAAAAGGAAAUCGUCCUCUACGCCCACCACAAGAACCUCGACUACUUCAGCACAGAGUGCAUCUACUCGCCCGAAGCCUUCCGCGGCAGCGCCCGCGCCCUGAUCAAGAACCUCGAGCGCGUCCGGCCCAGCGCCAUCUUGGACGUCGUUCGCAGCGGCGAGGACAUGGCGAAGCUAGUUCCCGGCAGCGACGAAGGGUGCGGCGGCGUCUGCGCCUCCUCCGUGCCCGCGGGCGACGAAGAAGAAGGUGGCUGCGGUAGUGCCCAGGGUCGGAGUUCAGGCGGCGAGAUGGCUACCAUGGAGCAAGCCCUCUCUUCCAACGACCGCGCCGCCGACGCCGGGCUCGAGAUCGAGAUCACGACGUCCAAGAUCGCGAAGAGCGCCGCGCCUGUGCCUCUUACUGUGGGCAAGAGCAGGAAAGUCCCCAAGACGCCAAACAAUACGCGCAAUCAGCCAAAGAAGCAGGUCAUGGGCCAGUGCAAGAAGUGCGGCUAUCUCUCUAGCCAGGACAUCUGCAAGGCAUGCGUGCUGCUCGAGGGCUUGAACAAGAACCGCCCCAAGAACCAUAUCGAGGUUGGCUACGAGCCGGAGAAGGAGGUCAACGGCGUGACGGAGGCGGUCAAGCAGCUCGAUGUUGGCGCCGGAUGA